GGGCUAUCUCUGCACCUGCCCAGAACGUGACUUCCACACAUGAGACGCGCCGCCUGCUGAGACCACAUUUUGACCCAGCUUUGACUCCCAAGGCGAGUGUGGAAAAUGCAUCACUGAGAACCAUGACUUGCAUUAGGCCCCAGUACACUGAUCACGAGAGCAAUGUCGGCCAAAGAAUUGAAGCUUGGCCUGCUUAGCCAGAGCAGUCUACCGGCGCCCAUCUCACCAGAGCUGCUCGCAUGCUCUCCCACCCUGAACCUCGCAGCCACCGUCACCAACGCCAACACCCUCGCCAUCAGACGCGCCCGAGGCGAGCUCGUCUCUAGCACCACCGACCGUGUCCACACCAUCCAGGCAUUAUGCUGGAGGCCUGACGGUCAAUUUCUGGCCGUCGCAUGGGAUGAUGGAAUAGUACGACUCCUGGGCGUGGAGAACACAAAGGCUGUCCACCGCAUCGCCGUCUCUCACCAACCUGCAGACCUUGACGCAGAUCCAGAACCCAUCAUUCACGUCGCCUGGGCCCGCAAUCUGACGGGGAAGCUCCAUUUUGGCACCGAUCAUGACAUCGCCGCCAGGCUGCGAGGUCUCGGCCUGUCCUCGGCCGACGAGUUGGGCCAGGAAGACUCGGGUGGACCCGGGCCCGACGACCUUGUGGACCUGCCGCACGCGCUGAUGUUCCUCGAGAUUGACACCUCUCUGCCCAAGAUCAGCCCCCUUCCCGUGUCGGGCGGGGUCGGGGACGACAUGUUUGUGUUCUCGACUACCGCGUCAUUGGAGUCAAUGUUCGCACCGCUCAAGCCCCAAGACAACGACCGGGUGGAUGUCAUGGUGGUAGGGACAAAGGACGGCUGUGUGCACCUGAGCAUCUACGACUCCUUCCCAAUAGGGACUUUCAGAAUCCCUAUCAAGCAGGGCCCAAGCCCUAACGCCAGCCAAAUCGAGGAUGGAUAUCAGCUGUGCCUGCACGCUUCUCAUCCAGAGGUAUCUACUCAUGCUCUAUUACUGCGUCAAGUCGGCGAGGAGCCUGUCAGACACAUGUACCUGGUCCCCAUGGAUUUGAGGUUUGUUUCCUACUCGCCCGUGAACCUGUCCCUCCUGGCGUCAAAGACCACAACAUUACAAAAGCUAUUGCGAUACAUGAAGCAGGCUCAAACACACAUUGUAAACGAGUGGACCUCAACGCGGGAACUGCCCUCUCGCUUCCUGUCUUUCAUCCAAGAAGACCUUCAGAAGAUGGAGUCUGGCCCGACAAAUAUCGUCCAGGCUCUCUACCAUACCGUCUUGACGGGACAUAUCCAUCAUGCUGUCAGAGAGUGGCUGGUGGACAGUGUUGCCGAUAGAGGCCACAAGCGUUGGGAGAAAGCAGUGAUCCCUGGCCUGGAGAACCUGCGCAAUCUGAUCCACGAGAAUAUGCUGCCUGCAAUAGAGCGCUGUACACUUAUAUUGAGCCGUCUUUCCGGUAUCGCCAGAUUUCAUGAGGAAGAAGACCACGUCGGCUUCACCAACUCCGAGAUAACCCGGCUUGUCGACAUUUUGUCCGCUCUGAACCUCAUCUGCCACAGAGUCCUACUAAUCACUAUGGAGGAGCUAGAGCUGUUCCGCAUAUUCUCUUCCUGGGUCCGCCUCACUAUAGACCGUGUAUCAUCCACCACGGUGCCGGAUGACUUGGUGGAGAAGGAGGCUCUCCUUGAUCCGGCCAAGAUACUCCGUUACAUCGAAAAAUAUCUGGUCAGCAGCCCCAUGGCCAUACACUUUGCGAAGGUGCCAAAGGAGAACUGGGAAGAUGACUGGCACCGCAUGCAGGAUAGCUCUGGGGUUUUGGACGAGCUAGACAGGCAGCUCAAGCUCCAGGACGACGGGAAGCCAUACAUGAAAGGUCUGGCACAGAUGGCUUUUGUGGUUGAUCUGCUUACUGUGAAGGCGGAAGGCGUCUUCGAGAACAUUGCUGAGGCGGAGAAGCGAAGUGUUCGCUUCGGUCAGGCUGUGAAACUAGAGCUGGCUCGUGAGAACUCGGGCCUGGAGACUUUCGCCGCAGUGGAUACAAAAAUGUGCUCCAUUACUAAACCUAAUGGAGUGGAUGGAGUCACGUACACGGCUGUGGUAUCCGAAGAGAACCAAUUUGACAUCGGCAUCUUCGAGACAAAGAUUGAGAUUAUCAACGGCAUCAGUAGCGCCCCUUCCAAGGCGUUCUACCGAAUCCCUUGCCUGGACCCGAGCAGCGAUGGCCGUAUAGUUGACGUCAAGUUCCUGGAUGACAAUGUUCUCCUGGCCUUGAGUCACGCCAGAGACGGGAAGCCGAAUCUAUUCCGGGUUCUGUUCCGCCCCGUAGAUCCCCAGUACCAAACCAAUGAGUCCGGCAUGGCAACAUUGUCUCACGGUGCGCCGCAACCGCCGGUGCGGGAGGUUAAAUUUCCCGAGGACAUGGCCUCGUUUGCGCCGGUACGCAUGGAGGUCAUGCAGGCUAGCGACGCCAGGGGAGGAGUCCCAGCCAGGGUCUGUCUGCUGGGCAAGGACAGGGUCACGUACAAGGUGUUUUCCCUGCCGGAGCCGCAUAUAUUGCAGGCUUAGUUGACCGAGGCAGGGCUUCGUCGAGCAAGCCGAUGUGUUGACAGGUCAGAACUAGCUUCGAAUCGCAUCUGGCGGAGUAAACAUAUCAAUUUCCGCCCUGGGCCUUGGGCAUCUUGA